AUGGAGCUGCCAGGCACCAACGCCUCUGCAGUGCAGAACUUCUGCCAGCUGUCAGAGGACUACAAGCAAGUCUAUCUGUCCCUGACCUACAGCUUCAUCUUCCUGCUGGGGCUGCCUCUCAACAGCACUGUCCUGUGGCUCUGCUGGCGCCAAGCCAAGCGCUGGGGCUGUGCCACCAUCUACCUGGUCAACCUCAUGUUAGCCGACCUGCUAUACGUGCUGACGCUGCCCUUCCUGGUCAUCAACUAUGCACUGGGGGACAGCUGGCCCUUCGGGGAGCUGCUGUGCCGGCUGGUGCGCUUCCUGUUCUACACCAACCUCUAUGGAGGCAUCCUGCUGCUCACCUGCAUCUCCGUGUACCGUUUCCUGGGCGUGUGCCACCCGCUGCGCUCCCUGCCCUACCGCACCCGCCGCCACGCCCUGUGGGCCACCGCUUUCAGCUGGGCCCUGGUGGUGCUGCAGCUGCUGCCCACGCUGGUCUUCUCACACACUGACCACAUCAAUGACCACACAGUCUGCUACGACCUGGCCAGCCCCAGCAACUUCCACCACUUCUUUGCCUAUGGUAUCUUCCUGACGCUGUCAGGCUUCAUCGCCCUCCCUGGUCAUCACUGUGUGCUCCUCGCUGAUGGUCAGGAGCCUGGCCAAGCCAGAGGAGGGCCUGGCGAGCGUGGGCGGCGCAGCUCGGGCCAAGUCCAUCCGCUCCGUCAUGCUGGUGUGCAGCCUCUUUGCCCUGUGCUUCCUGCCCUUCCACCUGGCCCGUUCCUGCUACCUGGCACUGCGCUUCCUGCCUACUCAGGACUGCCGGCUGCUGGCAGUGGCCAGUCUGGCCUACAAGGUCUGGAGGCCCCUGGUGAGCCUCAGCAGCUGCCUCACCCCAUUCUCUACUUCCUGUCAGGGAGGAAGUGGGCCCAGCUCCUGCGGGAACUGAGGGUGGACAGGGUGGGGCAGCAACCCAGGAACUGGCGGAUCUGGGCACUGAGCGAGGGAGCUCGAUGCUGA